GACGGGCGCGAAGGAGAAGUCGCCGUGCAGUUGAGGGUGAGGAUUGUGGUAUAAGUAAGGCUGCGUCCUUGUUGAUGCUGAUAUCAUCCCAACUCACAUCUCCUCCACCUUCCCCUUCACACCCCAUCUUCCAUCCCCCAUACUUCCAUUACAAUGAAGACCAACUUCGCCAUUGCUGCCCUGGCCGCCGCCGCCUCUGCCGCGCCCACCAAGCGCGCCGACGGCCCCACCGACGAUGUCAUCCUCAACUACGCCCUCACCCUCGAGCACCUCGAGAACACCUUCUACCGCCAGGGCCUCGCCAACUUCACCGAGGCCGACUUCUCCGCCGCCGGCUUCGACGCUGAGGUGUAUGGCCGCAUCAAGACCAUCGCCUCGGACGAAGCAACCCACGUCUCUUUCCUGUCCGGCGCGCUGUCCGCCGCCGGCGCCGUCCCCGUCAAGGAGUGCACCUACGCCUUUGGGGUCACCUCCGUGCAGUCGUUCCUGGCGACCGCGUCGGUGCUCGAGGGCGUCGGCGUUAGCGCGUACCUCGGCGCCGCCGCAGACAUCAUGUCCAAGACGUACCUGACGGCCGCGGGCUCGAUCCUGACCGUCGAGGCGCGCCACAGCGCGUACAUCCGCAACACGAUCAAGCAGGCGCCGUUCGCGCAGCCGUUCGACGCCCCGCUGUCCUACAACGAGGUGUACACGCUCGCCGCGGGCUUCAUCACUGGCUGCCCCGCCGAGAACCCCGCGCUGCCCGUCAAGGCGUUCCCCAGCCUGUCGGCGUCCAGCAGCGACAUGAUGAUCAAGAGCGGAUCCACUGUGCUGCUCGGCACCACCGGGUACAAGGUCGAGGGCACCGUGUACGCGGCGUUCAUCGCUGUCACCGGGCCGACCUUCGUCGAGGCUAAGUCGGUCGACGGCGGGUAUGAGGUUGUUGUCCCCGAGGGCUUUGCCGGGCAGAGCUACGUUGUGCUGACGAGCUGCAACACUGCGGCGACUGACGACACGAUUCUUGCCGGACCCGCGAUUGUCGAGAUCUCCUCGUAGAGAGGGGUGGUUGAGCGGUGGGCGCGGUGUAUAUAUCUAGGCCGUCGUACUUACUUAAUGUUUGAUAUCUAAAUCGAUACGUUUUUUCCAACUGCGUUGUUGACUGCGUGCUCCGUGUGUUCGUGGGCCUCGUUUGACAAUCUCGCAGACAUGCUCGGGCUCCAUCGCCUUGUGCUUACGGAAUACGCUGACAUACUCAAAUACUCGCACGCACCUCUACUUGCUAGCUCUUUACAGCGACCGCACGCAACCAAAGCACCAGACUCUCCCACAGCAAGUAGCGCGGGGCGCUCGAGCGGGGUACAAAGGCCAGAGCCCUGCACCCGUGGUACGUCUCGACUACUACCUCGACUCUAGGACCCGCUGUCGCGGAGCAGUCACGGCGUCAUGGACCGCGUCAGUGG